AUGCUCACCGACCCAUCCUCGGACGCGGAACUCCGCACGCUCGCGUCGCAGGACAUCGAAGCCACGACCUCGCAACUCCCCUCUCUCUCCUCCCGGCUCAAGAACAGCCUGAUCCCGGCGCACCCGUUCGCCUCGCUCCCCUGCAUGAUCGAGAUCCACCCCGGCGCCGGCGGCAGCGAGGCCUCCCUGUUCGCCCACUCGCUGCUGAACAUGUACACGGACCUGUGCGCGCGGAAGCGCUGGCCGACGACGCUGGCAAGCUACACGCCGGACGACAGCACGCACGACACGGGGUUGACCGAUGCGCUGCUCGAAGUGCACCAACCCGGCGCGUACGACGUGCUGCGCACCGAGGCCGGCGUGCACCGCGUGCAGCGCGUGCCCGCGACCGAGAAAAAGGGCCGCACCCACACCUCGGCCGUGUCCGUCAUGGUGCUGCCCAGCUUGCCAGAAGGCACAAACACCGACGCCGAGCUCGACUACGAGAACCCCGAGUCAGAUUACUACGUCAACCCGGCGGACGUGAAAUCGCAGGCCAUGCGCGCCAGCGGCGCGGGCGGCCAGCACGUCAACAAGACCGAGAGCGCCAUCCGGCUGACGCACCUGCCGACCAACACGGUCGUCGCGGUGCAGGAGGAACGGUCGCAGCACAAGAACCGCGAAAAGGCGUGGCGGCUGCUGCGCGCCAAGAUCGCCCAGAUGCGCCGCGAGGCCCGCGAGGAGGAAAUCGUCCGGAUCCGCAGGAGUGCCAUGGGCGGCGUGGCGCGGACGGGCCGCGAGGACAAGAUCCGCACGUACAAUUUCAGUCAGCGACGGGUGACGGAUCAUCGGAGCGGCAUGGACAGCAGUGACUUGGAGGGCAUCUUGGGCGGCGGGCAAGGUCUCGAGGAUCUGAUGGAUAGCGUGAGAGGAUGGAUGUCCGAGGAAGAAGUCAAGGCCUUGAUCGCCGAAGAACAACUAAGGCAGCAGAGAGAGCAGUCAAAGUGA